AUGUUAUAUAUUUUAUGGUUAAAACGUUUAUUCGAUAUCUUCUAAUACUUAUUCAAAUUAUGUAUAUUAUUUUGUUUAUUAUUAUAAGGGUUUAUUUAAUUAAAGUAUUUUUUAUUACAUUUGCUAUUAUUAUUAUAUUUAUUAAAGAUUUUUUUUUAUUCUAUUUUCUUCUAUUAAUCUAUCAAAGCUUUUUCUUUUUCUUAAAUAUUUUCUUAAUUUUCUUCGGUAUCGCUUAUUUGUAUAUCUUCAUUUAUUAAUGCUAAAUCGGCUUCGUCUAUAACCUCCUAUUUUAUAUUAGACCCUUCUUAUAAGUUAUAAAUAUGUGGUUUCAUGUUAAGAUCAUCUACUGAUAAACCCAAAUCACAGUUUACUAAUAAAUUGCAAAUCUCUUUUACUUCUGCGUUUAAUGUUUUGGAUUUUGUAUGUCUGUCUGGAUCUAAUUAAUAAUAUAAUGUUUUUGGAUAUGCUACAGGGGGGAAUGGGAUUUGUAUUUCGAAUUUAAAAUUAUGA